AUGGCCGCUGUCGCCAUCCCUGCUGUCUCAGCAGCACCUGUAGCCUCACCUGCCCACCUCGCUACCAACGACAUGGGCACUGGACUCGGAAAAUUGGUUGAUGGCAUUGCCAAAACCACCCGUUUAAACCGUCGUGCCACUCUCGGGGAAUCUAAGGGCGGAAUUCUUGAUGCCAUUUUCGGGGGAUCUGGGGAUGGAGUGGUUAAUGAACCUAUCAAGGGAUCUCGGGACGGAGGGCUUGAUGGCAUUCUUGGGGGAUCUGGGGGUGGAACGCUUGAUGGCAUUAUCGGGGGAUCUGGGGGCAUUUUCAAGAGACAAGAGGGUCCCAGUGGUGCUGGGGACGGAGAUCUUGAUGGCAUUCUCGGGGAUGAUACUUUUGAUAACGCUCUCGGGGGAUCUGGGAAUGGAGGGCUUGAUAACGCUCUCAGGGGAUCUGGGGGCGGAACGCUUGGUGGCAUUCUCGGGGGACUUGGCAUUUUCGAGAGACAAGAGGGUGCUGCUGGCAAGAAUGGCAAGUUUGGUAUUAAGAGGACGGACAUUGGAGAGCAUGAGGAGGAAGCUGGUAUUGAUGAGUUUGAGGAUAUUGUGGAUGAGCUUUUGGGUUCUUUGGACGGUGAGGAGAAGGAUGAGGAGCACACCAAACCUGUCGAGCACACGAAGCCUAUGGGGCAGAAGUAUCCUACGCAGAUGAAGAGGACGGAGCAUAAAAUGGCUGCUGCUGGUGAGUACGAUGAGGUCGCGAAUGAGCUACCAGUCAACGAUCUGGGCGAAGGGCUUGAAGAUCUGGCCGAUGAGCUUGCCGGUAUGGCGGAUGAUGAUGAGGAAGAGGAGACAGAGACUAUGCCCCACUGGAAUGGACCGGCUCAUGCAGAGGCUGAUGCUGUUAUGAAGGCUGCGGUUAUGAAGAGGCAGGAGGAUGAGGAAAUUGACGAGUUGCUUGCGUUUAUCGCUGAGUUAACGCAGGGGGCCUCUGGUAACGGAGAAGGCAAUGGCGGCCUGACUGGUAAUCUCCCCGUUGAGGGACUUCUUAGUGGUUAG